CUGUGUAAGUAGAUACUACGUCACGCGCUCACGCGAUUACCUGCGUUAUGCAUUUAUUAUACUUGUUGUUACACGUUACACCAUGUUAUGCGAUUUAUAUGCAUACGGGUUUACACUGUUCAUAGCCUACGAAUCGCGAUCAUCAGUGAAUACCGGAAUGCUGGAUAGCCGCGAAUAUCACCAAUCGCCAUAAACAUUGGAAGUUUAAUGUUCAUGCACAGACUAGGUACGUGAAAAUAUACGAAUUUUCAUAAUAUUAUGUUAUUAUAAUAAAAUAAUCUAAUCCGUGCACGCGUUCCAUACUUCCAUCGACCAUCGCUGUUUUCGUUCGUAUUUUUAUAAAUAAUACCUAUAACUAUACUCGGGAACGCUAUUAAUAGAUUAAUAUAUGUUUUGUCGACAAUUAUAACGAGUGAACAAGCGUUUCGCGUAAGUGCCAAACGGGAGGUCAGUGAUGUGAUGAUAUUUUUUUCCUAGGUCGCGCGAAUUCACAUUUUGGCACGAAAAGUCGGAAAAGUGAAAAACAAAAAAAAACACCUGUUCGAAAAGUCGCCCUUGAAACACCGUAUCGUCGGAUGUUUUCGCGUCGCGCGAUAACCGCAGUCGGACUGAUAACGGCUGCAGUCGGUCGAGUAGGGUACCCACCGCAAUAUCGCGAACUGCCAAAAUACGGUGACGGACGACCUUAAGGUGCUUUGUUUAUAAAUAAAUCCGGUGCCAGUGGGUGUACGAGUGUACACUCGUCACUCGUUCUCGAGUCUUGGACGUUGGUCGAUGGUCUUCGCCCGUAAGCCGAUUAAUUGUUUUAUUGUUACGGCGACGACGGUGGCGCGGCACAGCGUCGUCGGAUCGCGGAGCAGUGAAAUGAUCUGUAAUUGCGUUUAGUCGAAGGAACAGUCGAAAGCAGUGCCGACGACCGAUAUGGAUUCGUUCUUAGACCUAUUCGAUCCGGGCACGAGUCCUCCGACCAAUUGCGACGUAUGGCCAGAAGACGACAACGAUGCUUCCCGCCUGCCGCCCGAACCGCAAAUGGGCAACGUCGAGUACAAGCUCAAACUGACUAGUCCGUCGAAGUUGCGCUUUGAACAUCUAGUCACGCAGCUAAAGUGGAGGCUAAGAGAGGGGCACGGUGAAGCUAUCUAUGAGAUCGGUGUCGAAGACACGGGAAAGCUAACCGGAUUGUCUUCUGAUGAUAUGAAGUCCAGUUUAAUUACAUUGGAUCAAAUGGCCCUCAAACUUGGUGCCACUACAUCAGUAUUACGAGAAAGAUCUGUCAGAAAGGAUAAAAUAGUUGCGGAAGUCUUAGUUAGAAAGGUUCCAGAUGACCAAGAAUGUAUAGAAGUUAUGGUUGCUGUGUUAGGAGGUGCAGAUGCUGGUAAGUCAACUCUUCUUGGUGUCUUAGCACAUGGCGAAUUCGAUAACGGCCGUGGUAGUGCACGGUUAAAUGUUUUAAGACAUUUACAUGAACUUAGAUCUGGACGAACUUCUUCUAUAUCUCAUGAAAUUCUCGGUUUUGAUACUGAGGGUGAUGUUAUUAACUAUCAAAAAGCACGUACAGCUGAAGAGAUUAGAGAUCGUUCAUCCAAGUUGAUCACAUUUCUUGAUCUGGCUGGACAUAAAAAAUAUCUUAAAACUACCGUAGCUGGUUUAAGUGGUUACUGUCCAAAUCAUGUUAUGUUAGUUGUGAGCAGUCCAGCUGUAAAUGUUUCUAGUCCUACUCAAUUAGACAUGACCAAAGAGCAUAUGGAUUUAGCGUUAGCACUUAGGCUCCCAUUUUGCAUUGUUGUCACAAAGACUGACAUUACUCCUGCAGACAAUACAAUCAAUUGGUUGGAGUCAGUGUUGAAAUCAAUUGGGUGUCGAAAAGUUCCUCUUGUUAUUAAAUCUGAUGAUGAUGUCAUUACAGCAAGUUCAGCACAGCCAACACAAAAUGUUGUACCUAUAUUUACCAUAUCCAGUGUUACUGGUGAAAAUUUAGAUUUACUAACCAGAUUUUUAUACGUUUUACCACCAAGUAUAAGUAUAAAAGAAAAAGAAAGAUUGGAACAGGAAUGUUGUCAGUUCCAAAUAGAUGAGAUUUUUAAAGUACCAGAUAUUGGUACGAUUGUCGGUGGUGUACUUACACAAGGUGUUGUGAAUAUAGCUACAGAAUUAGUCAUAGGUCCUCUUGAUAAUGGAACAUUUGUUCCAGUCACUGUACAGUCUAUACACAGAAAUAAAGCUCCAUGCCGUGUAGUAAAAGCAACCCAGAGUGCAUCAUUAAAUUUAGAAAAAGCUAUACCGGGCCUGAGGAAUGGUAUGGUUUUAUUGGGAUUAGGCGUGAAUCAUAGUGCCUGUAUGUUCUUUCAGGCUAGGAUUGUGGUACUUUAUCAUGCAACAUCUAUACAUAAUGGAUUUCAAACCACUGUACACAUUGGGAAUAUACGACAAACUGCUGCUAUUGUUGCUAUCAUGGAGUGUGAUAAACGAGGCAUGCACACAAAUGACUCUGCAUCAGUAAUAUUUAAGUUUGCACGUCAUCCAGAAUAUGUAACAGAAGGCAUGAGAUUAUUAUUCAGAGAAGGGCAGACUAAAGGAAUUGGAAUUGUUACACAGGUGUUUGCUUUGCAAGUAGUGGCAGGAUAAACAUUUUGUUUGUAUAUAACCGAUAGUUGAUAUUUACACAGAUGAAUAUACUAAAUAGUACUAUAAACCAAACUUUUAAAAUAAAAUCACAUGUUGUAUACAAUAUUUUUUACUUAAUAUAAUGCAUAACAAUUUUAUCUAUAGUAAUAACAAUAUAUUUAAAAAUUUUAAAGCUAAUUUAAUAUACAACUAUAAAUAUAUCAAUAUUUUUAAAUUUAAGAUGACCAUUCUUAACCAUUUUAUGGUGUCUUUUUAUGUAAUAUCCAUGUUCAACGGUUUAAGAAAAACAUGAUAGUUUUUUAAAUAUAAAUUAAUAAAUGAUUCAUUAGACAUUUUUUUUAAAAGUUUUAUUAUUCUUGUAUUCAAUAUUAUCAUUUUAUGAAAAUUUGAAGUGAAAAAUUUUAUGCUAUCAUUUUAUGCAAAAGUUAAAUUGAAAAUGGCUGUUAAUGUUGUAUACUGUUAUUUUUUACAAACAUUAAUAAAAUGAAAUUGGAAUAUCAGUUGGGUUUUAGGAAAGUAAUUAAAAUAAUAUUGUUUGGAAAUAUGAUUUUGCAUAUCAAGUUUUAAAUUGACUAUUUUUAUUAUGCAUCGUAAUAUUACAAUUUUUACAAACUCAUAAAAAGACAUGUAUAUAUUAUAAAAAAACGUUGUUAUUUAAUAUGUUUAAUGCUUGUAUAAUGUAAAAAUAACAAAUAUAUUAAUAGUUUUUUUGUUAAUUAUAAGAUAAUAUAAUGAUAAUAAAAACUACAAUUUAUUUAUAAUUUAAAUAUUAAAUAUAAUAUAUUUUUAAAGCAUACAAUACAACAUAAAUGUUAGAUUUAUCUUUUAAUAUAUAAAUUACUUAAGAAUUUAAUGUCUAUUUUAUAUUUAAUUAUUAUUGUAUUAAAUGUAUAGUGUAGAAAUAAUUUUAAUAUUAGUUAGAACACUUAUUUAUUUUAGUUGCAAAGAGGUAAACCUGAGAAAAAGGAAUGAAGUACAAAAAGUUAUUUUAACUUAUAAUUUUAGGAUUUAUAUUUUAUAGUUUAGUUGUAAAAUGGUGUGACUGAGUUAUAUAUUUUAAUUUAAAGAGUAUUCAGACACUAAACUAUUUUAAUAGAAAAACAAUGUUAUAAGUUAAGUACAUAAUAAUAUUAUCUUAAGUUUUUUUUUUAGUUUAAAUGUAAUAAUGUUUUUACUUGUGUUCAAUGUAGCUAUACAGCUUAAACAAUAAUAUUAAAUGCAUCAUUUAUCAGUACUUUUGUUAUAGUUUUUAUAUGUUUUUUUUAGUUAUCAAUGUUAUAUUAAUCAUUUACUAUUUUUUCCCCAUUAAACAGUUAUUCAUAUAAUACAA